AUGUCAUCUAAUAACUUCAUAAAGGUUGUUUCCGAAAAGAGGCUACCUGCCUCCACACCGGUGGGAGCUACAAGGAAUUUGGAGCGGUUAACGUUUUCAAGAGCAGAGUCUGAAGGAGGUGACACUUUUAUUUACAACUUAUUUGGCAUGAAGGCAUUCACAUCUAAGUUGGACUCCACGCCUUCAAUGACAGUGCGGUUAGCUGAGUGA